AUGCAAGAAAAUCAACAUGUAUUGCAAGCUUUAAUCGACCCUGGGUCUGAGGUGUCCUUCAUUUCAGAUCCAGUUCACAAUCGACUUAAGUUACCGUUUCAUUCAAUAAACUCGCAAAUAUGUGGUAUUAAUUCAGCUCAUGCUGCUACAGCUCAAAAACUAUGCACCUUCUCACUUCUCAAUGAAGAAAAUCCGUCUAAGCCCAUAACCGGACAAGCUAUCGUUUUAAAACAUUUGACCAAUCAUUUACCAAUUUCAUCUUUCCAACUUACGGAUUUAGGUUCUCUUGAAGGUUUGAAACUUGCAGACCCAACGUUUAAUAAGUCAUCGCAAGUUGAUUUCUUACUAGGUGCUGAUCUUUAUCCUGCCAUUAUACGUCCAGGACUUCUUCAUAUUUCACCUUCACUCAUAGCUCAGAACACACUUUUUGGUUGGGUGUUGUCAGGCCCUCUUCCACACCAUUUCCAUACCUUUACCACCUUCAUAUCUAGUCAGACUGAAAGUGAUAUUUCAUUUGACAUGAAUAAGUUUUGGGAGCUGGAAGAGAUUCGAGAUACAAAGCCUUCUAUUUCUAAUGCAGAUCAGUAUUGCGAAGACUUGUAUAUAAAUACUACGCGAAGAUUACAGGACGGUAGAUAUGUAGUAAAACUACCAUUUAAACCUAAAACAAAUAUAAACAGAGGUCUAGGAUUAUCCAGACAAAUUGCGUUAUAUCAAUUUCUACGUUCAGAAAGGUCUCUUGCCAGUAAUCCAGUUUUGCAAUCAACAUAUUCAGAGGUUAUUUCUGAAUACAUAAGGUUAGGCCAUAUGAAAAAAGUUGAUGCCCAAGAAAGAUUUGAAAAUGGUGUAGUUUCAUCUUACUACCUUCCUCAUCAUGCUGUGAUCAAGCCAGAGAGUGUUUCUACUAAAGUUCGGGUUGUUUUCAACGCAUCCAGUCCCUCUAGCAAUGGAACUAGUUUAAACGACUUGUUACAUGCUGGACCUGUACUUCAACGUGAUCUACUAACUCUCAUACUACGAUAA